AUGGUUCAUGAAAAUAAAGAAGAUUGGGAUUUUGAAGCAAAUUGCAUUGAGUCCGCUGAAGCUUUUGAAACCGCGAUUGAACACAAAGACGUAAAGCUCACAAGUGGAGCGUCAGCUCUCAGCCGUCGUCGUGAGGAUCUAAUGGAUCUCAAACAGCCCAUGUCACUAAGCAAAGCGGCAAUACCAAAAUCAGCGAUGUAA